CAUGCAUCACGUUGCAGCCUGUGUGCGUCCAGACGCCGCCGCCUGUGGACGCGCCUGUCAUCUGGAGGAAACUCCUCCCCGCAGACAGCGCGUCCUGUCGCCUUUCCAGCGCAAUGGUCUCCUGGAUCAUCUCUAGACUUGUGGUACUCGUUUUUGGUACGCUUUAUCCUGCAUACUCGUCUUAUAAGGCAGUGAAGACAAAAGAUGUGAAAGAAUAUGUCAAAUGGAUGAUGUACUGGAUAAUAUUUGCCCUUUUCACUACGGUGGAGGUGUUUACAGAUCUGUUUCUCUGUUGGCUUCCUUUCUACUAUGAACUGAAGAUCGCCUUCGUGGUGUGGCUGCUGUCCCCUUACACCAAGGGCUCCAGUGUGCUGUACAGGAAGUUUGUCCAUCCCACGCUUUCCUCAAAAGAAAAGGACAUCGAUGAGUACAUCUGCCAAGCAAAAGACAAAAGCUACGACACACUGGUGCAUUUCGGGAGGAAAGGACUGAAUGUUGCAGCCACAGCUGCAGUAAUGGCUGCUGCAAAGGGUCAAGGCGUUCUGUCAGACAGAUUACGGAGUUUCAGCAUGCAGGAUCUGUCGUCUUACCAGUCCGAUCCAGCUGAGAGCGGAACCAGCGCCGCCCAGCCUGCCGCAGCUCAGCACCGAACCAGACCUAUCAUCCGCAGCAAGUCAGAGAGCUACAAGGAUUUUGACAUGGAUGGGUAUGAGGUGCUGGGGCUGGAGCAGCUGGACUCGGCAGAGUUUCUACCCCAAACAAAGCCGAGCUCAGAGUCUGAGUCCACGCCCGUUACGCCGUCUGUGACGCCCCAGCCCGGCCCUCCCUCCACGCCCGCUCCCCCUGAUGCUCCUGCAGCCCAGGAGCGGUCUGAGGAAGGGCCGGGGAAGGAGGUGCGGGCCACGUCCAGCUCCCCGCAGCUCAGGAUGAGUAGGAGGAAAGCCCCGGAGGUACGCAGCCCGCCUCCUCUUAGAGUCCUGAGGCCUCUCACCAGAUCCAGGAGUGCUCUUUCUUCAAACAGUGAAGCCAUGUGAAGCCGUCCUCGCGUCUCCUCCAGCUGCCUUUGCUGCAACAAGUAAAAAAAAAAGAAAAAGAAAACGAAUGGCAAGAAGCUCCACGACUGAAGCAGCCCUGCUUAGGCACGGCGUAUUACCAAAGUGACCUACAAAGAUCCCCAGUCCACAGCAUAUACCCCCGGUGGCUCGCGACGUUCACAGAGAAGAGGUUUGGUCGGAUGAGUGAACGAGCUCCAUGCUGACAGACACUUUGCAUUUAAACAUGUAUUGAUGUACAGUUUGUGGACUUUUAUCUCAUGCUUUGGUUGUUUUUCUAUAUUGGAGGCGGCUGCAUGUGUGUUCCUCGUCAUCGGUCUUGGUGUUUAUGAAGCAGAACGUACCUUAGAGGAGAUCAUCACGGGGAUCGGAGCCCAGCACUGAAACAGGAGCUGAGGUUGUGUUUUUUUUUUUUUUUUGGUUCUUAAAAUGAUCAAUCAGUCCACUUAUCAGACAUUCACCUCCCUCUCUCUGUCUCUCAGUGGGCAGACGCCCCAAAAUGAUUUGCACUAUAUUCCUAAUUUACAUCACUGCCCUUAGACGUAGCUGUGGCUUAGGUUCCUUAUCAAGUAUCAUCUCUAAGGGUUUGAUUUCUUCCAUUAAGAUCACAACUAAUGCAUCACUACAAUCAGGUCAGUCGCUGAAGGACUUAACGCUGAAAACUGCUUAACGACAAAUGGCUGAAAUCACUGGCUGCUGUUAGCCGGGCGGCUCUGCGUCCUCUCGUUGGUCCUCCUGACGACCAGAGCCGCCGUGUUGAUUAACAGCUCUUCUUCUACUGUUUUCUCUGAGCCCAAACCUGAUUUUCACUGUGUUGGUGUGCCGUAAUUUUACAUGGUUGCAUCUGUAUCUCUUACAAUGGUAAAAAAAAAAAAAAAAAA